UUAAGUAAUUUACAAUACAAAAAGUGGAUAUUUCAUCUUGGAGCUCACGGAAAUAUGACCGCUUAUUUUGAAAAAAAAUAAAAAAAACCAUUGUUUAUCUCUUCUGAGACCCCUUUGAAAAUGAGCAAAGACCGACCCUCCCUCUCUCUAUAUAUAUUUAUUUAUCAGAAAGUUGAAAAAUAAAGAAGGAAAAUAAAAAUACAAGGAACUUGGUGAGAGAAACACAGAGCUGCAUAUUACUUGGAUCAAAGUUUUUCUGCUCAGUUUGAAUCGAUUGAAUUUGGGGUUCUCUUUCCAUUUUCUUGUGAAUUUUUGUUGUGGAGGAUACAGGUAAUUUUGGUUGUACUUGUUAUCGGAGUAUGAGCUUUCCAUCCCGAAGUGAUCAAAGGGAUAGGACUAAUAGAUCGCAGAAUGCUCGUCAAACAUGGGUCCCAAGAGGAUCUGGCCCAACUGUUGCUGUGAAUCGACCGACAAGCUUCAAUUCAACCCCUGAAAGGAAUGAUGGUGGGCACCCCAAUCAUUCUUCUGUGCCAUCCAAUCCUAGGCAUGGUGGCAAUGCCAAUAUUAAUACCAAUUCCAACCCCUCUAGAGGGGGUCGAAAGACUUGGCCUACGAAUCACAGGAGAGACAGGGAGAGGAGCCAGACUCAGGAGGUUGAGUUGAAAGAUCCCAAUAUGCCCCAGCUUGUGCAAGAAAUUCAGGACAAACUUGUGAAGGGUACUGUUGAGUGUAUGAUCUGUUAUGACAUGGUGCGGAGAUCUGCAUCUGUUUGGUCUUGCUCGAGCUGUUACUCAAUUUUUCAUUUGAAUUGUAUUAAGAAAUGGGCUCGUGCUCCUACCUCUAUUGACUUGUCAGCUGAGAAGAGUCAGGGUUUUAAUUGGCGGUGCCCGGGUUGUCAGUCUGUGCAGCUCACAUCGUUGAAGGAGAUUCGAUAUGUUUGCUUUUGUGGGAAGAGGACUGAUCCACCAUCAGAUUUGUAUUUGACCCCACAUUCCUGUGGCGAACCAUGUGGGAAGCCGCUUGAAAGGGGAGCUUUGGGCUCUGGUGAGAGUAAAGAGGAUCUUUGUCCUCAUGUUUGUGUCUUGCAAUGUCACCCAGGCCCCUGCCCUCCUUGUAAAGCAUUUGCUCCACCGCGGAUGUGUCCUUGUGGGAAGAAAAUAAUCACAACAAGAUGUUCAGAUCGUAUAUCUGUCCUUACGUGCGGUCAACGAUGUGAUAAGCUUCUUGAAUGUGGCCGUCAUAGAUGUGAGAAGAUAUGCCAUGUCGGUCCUUGUGAUCCUUGUCAGGUUCUAGUCAAUGCUUCAUGUUUUUGCAGAAAAACAUUGGAAGUUGUCCUAUGUGGAGACAUGGCUGUAAGAGGGGAAGUGAAAGCUGAAGAUGGUGUUUUCUCUUGUAACUCAACAUGUGGAAAGAUGCUAGGUUGUGGAAAUCAUACAUGUGGCGAAACUUGCCACCCAGGCUUUUGCGGGGACUGUGACUUGAUGCCAGGCAGGGUGAAGUCUUGCCAUUGUGGGAAAACAAGUUUGCAUGUGGAAAGAAAGAGUUGUUUGGAUCCAAUUCCAAAUUGUACAAAUAUAUGUGGUAAACCCCUUCUGUGUGGAAUACACCAUUGUAAGGAGGUGUGCCAUGCUGGGGCUUGCCCACCUUGUCUGGUUUUUGUUACACAAAAAUGUCGCUGUGGAUCAACCUCUCGAACUGUAGAAUGCUACAAAACAAGUGCAGAGAAUGAAAAAUUUACAUGUGAGAAACCUUGCGGUCGGAAGAAGAAUUGUGGUAGGCAUCGAUGUAGUGAAAGGUGCUGCCCUCUUUCCAACCCACAUAAUGUUCUCUCUGAAGAUUGGGAUCCGCACUUCUGUCAAAUGGCAUGUGGAAAGAAACUGAGGUGUGGGCAGCAUUCUUGUGAAUCAUUGUGUCAUAGCGGCCAUUGUCCACCUUGCCUGGAGACGAUAUUCACUGAUUUAAGCUGUGCAUGUGGGAGAACUUCAAUCCCUCCUCCUUUGCCAUGUGGUACACCUCCUCCUUCAUGCCAGCUUCCUUGUUCAGUUCCUCAGCCUUGUGGCCAUUCAGCUUCGCACAGCUGCCACUUUGGAGACUGCCCGCCUUGUUCAGUCCCUAUAGCAAAGGAGUGUGUUGGUGGGCAUGUGGUUCUUGGGAACAUACCUUGUGGUUCAAAGGAUAUACGAUGUAACAAGCUCUGUGGUAAGACCAGGCAGUGUGGCUUACAUGCAUGUGGCAGAACGUGUCAUCCACCUCCCUGUGAUCCUUCCUGCGGAACUGAAGCAGGUUCAAAAUCUUCUUGUGGGCAGACUUGUGGUGCUCCUAGAAGAGAUUGCAGGCAUACUUGCACUGCUCUUUGUCAUCCUUCUACUUCUUGUCCUGAUGUGAGAUGUGAGUUCCCUGUCACAAUUACUUGCUCCUGUGGGAGGAUAACAGCAUCUGUUCCUUGUGAUGCUGGAGGGAGCAGCAGUGGUUUUAAUGCUGAUACAGUUUUUGAAGCAUCAAUUGUUCAAAAAUUGCCUGUACCACUACAAACAGUGGAAUCAACUGGCAAGAGAAUUCCUCUUGGUCAGAGGAAGCUUAUAUGUGAUGAUGAAUGUGCUAAGUUGGAGCGUAAAAGGGUUCUUGCUGAUGCUUUUGACAUCACUCCCCCAAGUCUUGAGGCUCUUCAUUUUGGUGAGAAUUCUGCUGUGACAGAGCUGCUUGCAGACCUGUACAGACGUGAUCCAAGGUGGGUUCUUGGUGUGGAGGAGAGGUGCAAGUACUUGUUACUUGGAAAGACUAGAGGAUCUUUAACUGGUCUCAAGGUUCAUGUUUUCUGCCCUAUGCUGAAGGAUAAGAGAGAUGCAGUUAGACUGAUAGCUGAGCGGUGGAAGCUUGCAAUUUAUUCUGCUGGUUGGGAGCCAAAGCGUUUCAUUGUGGUGCAUGUUACACCCAAAUCUAAGCCCCCAUCUCGUGUGAUCGGGGUUAAGGGUACCACCACUUUAACUGCUCCACAUCCACCUGCAUUUGAUCCUCUAGUGGAUAUGGAUCCCCGGCUUGUUGUUUCUUUUCUAGAUUUGCCAAGGGAAGCAGAUAUAAGUUCGUUGGUUCUUAGGUUUGGUGGGGAGUGCGAACUGGUUUGGUUGAAUGAUAAGAAUGCACUGGCUGUAUUUAAUGAUCCAGCUCGUGCUGCUACGGCUAUGAGGAGGUUGGAUCAUGGAUCAAUAUAUCAUGGGGCUGUUGUUCUUCAAAAUGCUGGUGCAUCAGUGGCUUCGUCAGCCACUAAUCCUUGGGGAGGAGCAGCAGGUACUGCCAAAGAUGGAGGAGCAGUAGCAGCUUUGAAGCCAUGGAGAAAGGCUGUAGUUCUGGAGCACGGUAGGAGGGAAGAUUCAUGGGGCAGUGAAGAAUGGUCUCAUGGAUCAGCUGAUGUUCAGGCUUCUGCAUGGAAAGGGAAAGAAGCUCCAAUUGCAGCUUCAAUUAACCGGUGGAGUGUCUUAGAUUCUGAAGUAGCUGUUAGUUCAUCUGCUGCAUCUGUGAGGACUGAAGAUCCAACCAAACGAGCUGGCAGCUGUUCCAAUUCAGCAACUGAGGAAUCAAAUGCAACAAACAUUUCAAAUAUGCCGCUUGGAAGAGUUUCAAGUCAAGCAGAGUUGUCUGAAGUGGUGGAUGAUUGGGAGAAAGCUUAUGAUUCUGAGAAUAUACAAUAAGGUUAAUAUGAUUUUGGAAUAUGUACAAGACGGGUGGCAUUUAGUUUGCACCUGUUCUACCCUAUUUUUUGAAGUCAACCAUUUUGCUCGUUUCCUUUUAUUUUUAUUUUUCUCUUAUACUUUUCUGGUUGGUUUAAGGAGUUCCAUCACCAAUUCAAUCUGUGUGUUCAAUGUUUUUCUUUGACCUUUUUUGGCUUAGUUUUUGAAGUCUAUGCAUUAGAUUGGAGGAUGCAUAUGCAUCUGGUUGUAUGGAAGAAUGUUCAUUCUGUAAAGUUGAACUUCUUGCUAUGGUUACUCAUAUUGGACUUCUGAAAUACGAUUUCUUUUUCCUCAAA